AGGAGAUCAAAUUCCCCCCACUUUGUUGCAAUCGACUCCACACGCAAACUCGGAAUCGCAUAAAGACAGAGACAAUACAUCAGUAUUUGCGCAUAGCGUCAUCAAUCUCAGAGCUCAAUCGAUUCUUUCUUCUUUUUUUCCUUCCGAUCUCAGAGGAGAAAGAAAACCCAGAACGAUUCGGAGAAAUCAGGCGCAAAGAUUUCAUCUUUGAGCCCGAAUCUCUCCCAUAUUGUCGGAGGGAGGGGGGGCUAGGGUUUGAGAAUGGAGGAGGGAAACGGGGAAGGGGAAGACCCUGUUUCAGAACCGGGUCGGGCGAACUGGUGGGCGAGUUUCUACCGGGACAUCGUGGCGGGGGCGGUGAUGGGCGGCGUGGUUCACACCAUCGUGGCACCCAUUGAGAGGGCAAAGCUGUUGUUGCAGACGCAGGAGAGCAACGCGGCGAUUUGGGCCGGAGGGCGGCAGAGGAGGUUUAAGGGCAUGUUGGAUUGCAUAGUUAGGACUGUUAGGGAAGAAGGGUUUCUGUCUUUGUGGAGAGGGAAUGGAAGCAGUGUCAUCAGAUAUUACCCUUCUGUGGCCCUCAAUUUCUCCCUUAAGGAUCUCUAUAGGAACAUCAUGCACAGCAACUUCCAUGAGGGCCACCUCUUGUCGGGUCCAUCCGCGAAUUUCAUCGCGGGGGCCACGGCCGGAUGCACGACGUUGGUGAUCAUCUACCCGCUCGACAUCGCGCACACACGUCUCGCUGCCGACCUCGGGAGAACGGACGCGCGCCAAUUUCGUGGCAUCUCCCACUUCCUAAGGACGAUCCACAAGAAAGACGGGAUUCGCGGGGUCUACCGCGGCCUCCCCGCCUCCCUCCACGGGAUGGUCGUCCACCGUGGCCUCUACUUCGGCGGUUUCGACACCAUAAAGGACAUGAUGACGGCCGCAUCGGCCGGCAAGCCGGCCGAACCGGAAGUGGCGCUGUGGAAGCGGUGGGUGGCGGCUCAGGGGGUCACGACGUUGGCCGGGCUCUUGUCGUACCCGCUCGACACGGUCCGGAGGCGGAUGAUGAUGCAGGCCGGGUCGGGCCCACCGCUCAUGUACAAGAGCACGUGGGAUUGCUGGAAGAGGAUAUACCGGACGGAGGGGCCCGCAUCUUUUUACCGCGGAGCCCUGUCGAACGUGUUCCGGAGCACCGGGGCGGCCUCCGUGCUCGUGUUGUACGAUGAGGUUAAGAAGUUCAUGAACUGGACAGGUUUGUAGCGUAGUAGCAGAUCAUCCAUCAAUAGUGAUGUACUUGAACCCACUGAUUCAUUUCCCCAUUUCACACAUCUCAUGCCAUUUGACCAAAACUAGUUACCCAAGUUGGAUUCCUUGUAACUACACAUGAGAUCUCUGUAAUUAUCUUGAGACUCCGUUUGAUACACAGAAUUCAAAGUAUGGAAUUGGAAUUGAGGACAAGAAUUCAAAUUUUGCUGUUUGGUAACAUAAAAAUAUGUGAAUUUG